UAAAUAUUGGUAGUUAUUCAUUUUAUAGUACAAUAAUGGCUACAAAACCUAGAAAUGUGGAGGUUUUUACUGAUGAUUGUUUGACAAAUUAUACUUACGUUUAUACACCAGACUUGCUUCAAGGCCAAGUAGCCUUUAUAACUGGGGGAGGAUCCGGAAUUGGUUUCCGGAUUGCUGAGAUUUUUAUGCGGCAUGGAUGCGAUAUUGCAAUCGCCAGUCGGCGUCUAGAAAAAGUGGAAGAAUCGGCGAAAAAAUUAGAAAAUGCAACUGGUAGACGUUGCCUCGCUCUAUCUGUUGAUGUCAGAAAACCAGAGGAAAUUGAAAAAGCUGUGGAUCAUAUUUUGCAACAUUAUGGAAAGAUUAACAUUCUUGUCAAUAAUGCUGCUGGAAAUUUUCUCUGUCCUGCUGAAGAUCUUUCAUACAAUGCUUUUAAAACGGUGAUGGAGAUCGACUCUUUCGGAACCUUCAAUGUCAGCAAAGCAGUUUUUUCAAAAUGGUUCAAUAAACAUGGCGGUAAUAUAAUAAACAUAUCAGCCACGAUACAGUACAAAGGAACUGCCCUGCAGCUCCACGCUGGUUCCGCUAAGGCUGCAAUUGACGCCAUGACCAGGCAUAUGGCUGUGGAAUGGGGAGUCAAUGGGGUAAGAAUUAACUGCAUUGCUCCUGGUCCUAUUGCAGGAACAGAAGGUCUCAAGAGACUCGGCGGCGGAUUAGAAGAUGCCAUUAGUGAAACAAUCCCGCUAAAACCAAUGGGAGAAAAAUACGAAAUAGCGGACACCGCGGUAUUUUUAGCUAGCAAUGCUUCAGCAUACACGACAGGUGCGAUCUUCGUGGUGGAUGGCGGAUGUUGGUUGGCAUCUGGUAACAACUUCGACAGCAGAAUGAAUUUAAGAAGAUAACCAGUCAGUGCGAAAUUUCAAUAUCUUGUACCAGAUAGAAAAGGCACGAUAGUUUAGUUCGUAAUUACUUUAAUUUAAUAACAAAAUAUUUGCUCUGCUAAACUUUUUAAUUCAUAUAUUAUACUAAUGUACUUUAUCUUAGUUAAAUGUAUGUUACGUUCCACAAAAAGCAGCUUUUAUUAUAGGA